UUGUGACGUCAUUACGUCAAAAGGUUUUUUGUGUCAGUGUUUACAAUUAAUAGCUCUCGAUGUUUUGACACAGAAUUUUCCCAAUUUUCUCCCUGAUUGUGAGUACAAAAUAAUUGAAAAGAUGAAAAAAACUGAGCCCCGGAUAAUGGUGUUUACACCGACGUGGGAAAAAUUCAAGGAUUUCCCCAAAUUUAUUGAAUAUAUGGAAUCAGAGGGAGCUCACAAAGCUGGGUUGGCCAAAAUUAUUCCACCCCCAGAGUGGGUACCACGGAAGGGUGGCUACAACUUGGAUGAGAUAAACCUCACAAUACCCGCGCCAAUUGAGCAGCAAGUAAAUGGGAUGCAGGGACUCUAUCAGCAAUUCAACCUGCAGACGCGUCCAAAGACUGUGAAGCAGUUCUACGAGAUGGCCAUGUCUGAGCGCUACACAACCCCCAAAUACUUUGACUACGCCGACCUAGAGCGGAAGUACUGGAAGAAUGUCACCUAUGUGUCCCCGACGUAUGGUGCAGAUGUCAGUGGAUCCCUCACGGAUCCGGAUUUAAAGGAAUGGAACAUCAAUAGCCUAGGAACAAUACUUGACUACGUGAACAAAGACUACGGGGUCUCCAUUUCGGGCGUAAAUACGGCUUACCUGUAUUUUGGCAUGUGGAAGACUUCCUUUGCCUGGCACACAGAGGACAUGGAUCUCUAUUCAAUUAACUACCUACACUUUGGGGCACCCAAGACGUGGUACGCUAUCCCUCCCAAGUACGGAAGGAAGCUUGAGAAGUUGGCCAAUUCGGCCUUUCCGGAGAACUAUAAGGCUUGCCCUGCUUUCCUGCGUCACAAGAUGACCCUCAUCAGCCCACAGAUUCUGCGCCAGAAUAAUAUUCCCUUCAAUAAGAUAACACAGGAGCCUGGUGAGAUAAUGGUCACCUUCCCAUUUGGCUAUCACGCGGGCUUCAAUCACGGCUUCAAUUGUGCCGAAUCGACGAAUUUUGCAUCACCACGGUGGGUGGAGUACGGCAAGAGAGCCUCCCAGUGCCACUGCCGGAGUGACAUGGUUAAAAUCUCAAUGGAGACCUUUGUGAAGCGUUUCCAACCGGAGAGGUAUGAAAAAUGGCUCCAGGGGAUGGAUUUUGGUUGUCACCCCGAGGAACCCGAUAAAAUUUGUGCAGCCCCACCGCCGAGUUUGAAUGUCUACACUGGCCCCGAGGAGCAAGCAGCUGUAGCUGAGGAGGAGAUUGAGGAAGUGGAAGAAGCCGAAGGGGAGGUGCAUGCGGUUGUAGAGUCGGAGGAGGAUGAGGAGACAAAGAGGCAGAAUGAAUUGAAGAGAUGCUGGGAGCAAUUGGAUAAACCCCUUGGGCAACCGAUAGAUUUAUCAGACGUUCAGGAGAACGCCAAAAAGAUGCGAUUCCACACCAAUCUCAUCUUGCUGGAGAACUGAAGACCCACAAAACUCUUCAUGUCUGUGGAUUUUUUGGGCAUUAUGUUGGCCCAAUAUGGAUGUUUUACUAUCAUUUCAACAGGACAAAUUCUCUGAGAGAAUCAAAAGAGAAGGGAUUGUGCGAACAUUAUUAUUAUUCACUGUUUUUGAGUGACUAUAUACAGACGUAGAUGAAUGAGAAAGUAAAUGUGUAGCGGCAAUUUUAAUUGAUAAGACUGAAGAGGGUCUUUCACUCACCACGCGAGAGUAUUUCAUUGUAAAUUAUUUUGCGAUUUUGUGCUUAUUUUUAAUAAAAGUUCUAUCAUAAUUUUAAACCAAAAAAAAUA